AUGUCCCUGAUAGUCAGAAGAGCCUUGAAUAUGGUAUCCCACCGACCAGAUAAUCCAGUCGUCGUUGUGAUCGGUGCUACGGGUACAGGAAAGUCCAAGUUAGCCGUUGAUUUGGCCACACGGUUCAAUGGCGAAAUCAUCAAUGGCGAUGCCAUGCAGAUGUACAAGGGGCUGCCAAUCAUAACGAACAAGAUUCCGCAGGAGGAACGCAACGGCAUUCGCCACCACCUCUUGGAUUUUAUUGGGCUGGAGGAGCCGCCGUGGACUGUCCACAAAUUCGUCAAGGAGAGUACCAAGGUCGUAGAUGAGAUCAGGUCCCGAGGGAAGCUUCCAAUACUUGUGGGUGGGACACAUUACUACACGCAUGCUCUUCUAUUCAAAGACGAAACUCUCUCGGCAGAUGAAGAAGAAGGCGGUACGGAAGAUGCUGAAGCGAAAGGAAGCGAGGACCUCGCGAUCCUCUCACGAUCCACAGAAGAGAUAUUCGCCAAGUUGCAAGAAGUAGACCCUCAAAUGGCUGUCCGAUGGCAUCCGAGAGACAGACGAAAGAUCCAGCGGUCGCUGGAAAUCUGGCUGAAAACGGGCAGGAAGGCAUCGGAGGUAUAUGCAGCGCAACAGGAACGAAAAGGUGCAAUUGGUCGAAACAGUGGCUCAGGCUCCAUGUCCGGAGAUCUCAAAAGCAUGAUUGACAGUGGUCAAGUUUCUGCUUUGCGUUAUCCGACUUUGCUUCUGUGGUUGGAAGCUGAAGAUGCCGUCCUGAAAGAGCGACUCAACGCCCGUGUGGAUUCAAUGGUGGAAAGCGGACUUGUAGAUGAAGCGGCGGCCCUAGCAUCUCUCGAGAAUGGUAUGGUCAAGCGAGGUUCGCCGGUGGACAAAACCAUGGGAAUAUGGGUUUCGAUUGGUUACAAAGAAUUGGGACCUUAUAUCCAGGAACAGCAAGCCUCGGGGGCCGAUUCUCCUCAAAGUUCUCGCGCUUUGGCGCAGGCUGUUGAAGCUGUAAAGGCGGGAACAAGACGCUACGCAAAACGGCAGAAUCGCUAUAUUCGCAUCCGACUGGCUAAUGCCCUGCAACAAGCUGGUGAAUUUAAUAUGUUGUUCCUUCUUGAUGGAACCGAUCUCGAGAAUUGGGACACCAAGGUUUUCGAACAAGCCCAGGCGCUUGUGAAAUCGUUUCUCGACGGUGAAGCCCUACCGGAGCACAAAAGCUUGUCUGAACUUGCAGACAGUAUACUCUCUGCUUCCAAUGAAGGAGGCGUGACGGACUCUCGAGUGGCCAGAAAGUGCGAGACAUGCGACAAGAUACUGAUGACAACUGACCAGUGGAAUCGUCAUCUCUCGAGUCGUGGUCACAAGAAGGCUGCGGUGGCCCAACGCAAGCGAGAAGCAACGUCGAAUCAGGUUCCCAACCAGACUUGCGACGUCUUUGACUCAAAACCUACUUAA